AUGGUGUCCUGCUCCGACGAUGUCCGUCAUAUGACGGACGAAAGCUCUGCAAGGAUUCAUCGGGGUCGCAGGGCGGUGCGCCGAGGACCUAUUCGCACAAAUUUACGACCACCGCUCCAAGGCAACCCCCCCACAGUCACCGUUCGUGAAUAUCUUCAUCCGGACCGUUUCGCCCACUGGAAGACUGUGGCCGACCAACUCGGCUUCCUUUAUACGGCCAGUGGCCCUCUAGUCCGCUCCUCUUAUCGGGCAGAUGAAUUUUACAUAGAGAACAUAAUUCGGAAGCAGACUCAACGAGCAAAUUCUGUGACAGUCUCAGCCUCACCCCAUGACGCGACGACAAGGAUUGUUUGA